CGCCGUCAGGUCGGCGAUACUUGCGUCUUCCUCUCUCGCUCUCUCUCUCUCUUCCAUCCAACCUUAUACUCAUCCAUUAUAUUCGCUCUAUCUUUACCAACGCCCCUUCACACCAUCUACAGCCUUCUCGCACCUCGCACUCCCUCACCUACCGCCAUCCUUCUAUCCCAACCUAACCCGAUUCCAUGUCAUCUACCACCCCAGGUCCUCAUCCUUACACAACAUCAUAGCUCUGAGAUCACUUCGCACCACCUCAACUCUUUUACAAUCACCACUGCGCCCACUGCCGUGUCACACCCUCAACUCCUACUCAAAUCUUUCUUACCCUCGCACUCUCGCCUCGAUUUUUUCCUCCUGCCACUAUCAUGCAGAUCCUCUCCACUAUUCCUGCUUCUCCUCUUGCGCCGUUUUCCCACAUGUAGAACGCUCUUCUCAUGCCACAACUUCUGCUCUUGCCAUCGGUGCCACAUUCUCCGACAACAUGUCUGCACCAAUGUCUCACCAAAGGCCUCAACUGGCCCCCGGUGAUAUUCUCGUCGUCAUCCACGAUUUCGACGCUCGAGGUGAUGAUGAGUUGAAUCUCAGGAAAGCCGACCGCAUUCAGCUCAUGGAACUCGACGAUGGCUUUGGAGAUGGCUGGUAUCUGGGAAGACACCUUCGUCUCGGUACCACUGGCUUGUUUCCUGGAGGUAUCUCUUCUCCAUCACCUUUGCUCUGUCAACUCUCCAACUCCAGCACUAACUGCUCACCAGUCUACACCGCAAAACUUCCUCCAAACUUCACCCCGGUUGGAGCCACCUAUCCGGCGUCCCCGUCAUUUCCAUAUGCCCCUCGUCCAGACCAAAGUCUUGCGAAUGACCGUCCUCUACCCUCUUCACCCAUGACCGAUCAAACCAUCCAUCGACAGGCAACUUCUUCACCGACGUCCACCUCAAACGUCCGCCCUGCGCUUCCCCCCACCCCAACCUCUUUCACUCAACCAAUUCAACGGAGCAUCGGCCAAACUCUCGCCCAUGCCGAUGGUCGACAGGACUCCCCCGUCAUGAACGAAACACUAAGCGUCAUCGAUGAGCACAUCACUGAUCUGAGUACCCCCCGCCAGAGUUCUGCUGCUCCCCGCCUAAACACUGAGGACUCGGAGAGCGAUUACAGCAGUCAUCUCGAUCACACCACCCAUGCCUACAUUGUCGGCCCCGAGACCGACACCGAGGACACCACCACCACCCUCACAGAGGCAGACGUCAAACGAUGGAACCCCAGAGAAACGGCAGACCAUCUGAGGUCUCUCGGCGUGGAUGCCAGGCACUGUGACAUUUUUGAAGAGCAGGAGAUCACCGGCGAUGUGCUAUUAGAAAUGGACCAGUCCUUCAUCAACAUGAAAGAGUACGACUUCGGUCUGAUGGGUCGAAGACUCAAGACCUGGCACAAGAUUCGUGACUUGCAGCUCGAGGUUCGCGGCACAACCGACUCACGGAAACCUAGCGUCCAUCGAAAUCCUUCCUACCAAGAUCAGCCUCCUGUUCACACCAGAGCCCCCUCCAACACAACCAUCCUCCCCAAAAUCCCCAAUUUGAUGCAAGAGCCUGGACUGUCCCUCCGACAGAGUCAGCAUCCUCCACCAUCAUAUUCCCACCACGCCACUCCAGUACCCCCAUCUCCUCUCGAGGCCCCCUUGUCGCCCAACUCGCUGUCUCGUGCCAACGUGGUAACUGGCACCCCUCCCUCUCCUUUCAGGGCGUCAAUGGCUGCUGAUCAUUCCUCCCGGCCCUCGGCUGCCCUGGUUCGAGAGUUGACUCAUUCCCGCCGCCAUUCAUCUAUCGACUUUGCCAAGAACAUCACCUCAGACUUAUCUCCCGCCCCAGCAGGUCCGGCCCAUCAGAAAAUUCCCUCCCUUGAUCGAGACUGGUCUUUGAGCAAUGCCACGACUGCCGGUCCGGGAACGAGCACCCCUUCUCUGCGACUUCACACCGGCACGAAACAGCACAGUGUCGACCUGGCCCCUGAAUCUCCUCUUGAACCAGAAGGCUCUGGCAUUGAAUUGGAUCGAGGCUAUUUCAGUGGCAAUGAGGUGGACAAUCGCAAGAUUCGCAGUUACUUGCGCAGGCGCGAGGGCCCAGACAGUGCCGAUCACUCACGCCAGUCUUCCCUCAUGGAUGAGUCGGCCAAGCUCCCGGCCACGCGACACUCUCGUAUCAGCAGUGUCGACUCUUCCCGGGACAGGAUCACGCCAGGGUUGACUCCUGCGGCCAAGGCCUACCAUAGCAGAACGUACAAAGGAAGAGUGCGCUCAGCGAGCUCUAAAAGCCUUAGUUUACAACAGUCUCCCAUGGUGCAGUCACCCACAGUCACCAAUCUUGAAGAUGAGACCACCUCGGGGCUCUCGUCGCCUAGGAUCAAAAGUGGAGGUACAUCGCCAGCCAUGCCGCCUCCGAGGGCAUCAACCACCACCCAAAUGGCUAGAAAGUUUCUGGGUAUGCGAGCCGCGUCAGAGGCCGUUACCGGGAACGAAAAGGACGCUGCCCAUGCUUCCAAAGUUAUCUCCGAUCCCCUGGUGGAAUCGCCUGUCGCGUCUCCCAGCGGCUCCCAAACGCCCUCAGUCACUUCUCGGAGUCUCGAAGUCGAAAAUACCGAUAACUCGUCCAAGGGGACGCUGGAGCACCUCGCUGCGGCCGGACCUCUCCUUCACACCAAAGCUCCCACACGAACCAAGCCCAAGACCAAGCAACAAACGAGUGCGUAUAAACGCGGACUGUUGCACCUGUCCCCUGCUGAAGCGCGUCAACAUUGUGACUACCACGGCUGGAUGAAGAAGAAAUCAUCGGGACUGAUGGCCACGUGGAAACCACGACUGUUCAUCCUGCGAGGACGGCGGUUGUCGUACUACUACGCGGAAACAGAUACGGAGGAACGUGGCAUCAUUGAUAUUUCGGGCCACAAGGUCCUCGUGGCCAAUUCUGACCCCAUUAUUGCUUUGCAUGCGACGCUCACAGGGGCUUCCACGUCACUGUCACCGACUAUGGGAGUCAACGGAUCUCCUGCUGACAUGUCCCCCGACAUGACACGUUCUUCCAGUGGGGGAUCUCCGUUCUAUUUCAAACUCGUGCCACCCAAGGCAGGUUCAUCCCGUGCUGUGCAAUUCACCAGGCCGACUGUAUAUUACUUUCAAGUAGACAACAUCACGCAGGGGCGGAAAUGGAUGGGCGAGAUCAUGAAAGCGACCAUCGAGCAUGACCUGUCAAGUUAUGAGACGACAAAUCGACAAAAGACCAUCAGCUUAGCCAAGGCAAGAGCUCGAAAGGAAAGACCACCGGCCUUGAAAGGCACUGAAACGCCCGAGGCGACGCCCGAAGCGACGCCAGAGCUCUCUGAGUUGACCGAGAAGCCUCCUCUCGGCGACGACAUCAAACAAUCGGACACCAAACAAGAUGAAACGGGCCUCAACAUCCAGGGACUCGAAUUUGAUGACUCCAAGAUCGAUUUGCGGCUGGACCCAACUCGAGUGAGCAUUGGUCCACUGGACGGGCAGGCAGACGAACAAGGGAAAGCUGGAUCGUAGGGCGAAGACUGGCCGAGGAAAACACAUCUCACACAUAUAAAGACGGUUGCUUCUCUGACCCGAUAAUGUAAUGACGAUUCUUCACAGAGGGAUGGUAUACAGACUAUUUCAACCGAAGCAGAUAAAUGUACACAAAGAUUCGGUCCAUGUUGGAUGCAAUGGACUAUGAUGCUGGCGAUAGGUACUUAGUCACGUUUAGUGUUACUCUUCGGGCACUAUUUUAGUUAAAGGAAAGGUCCUUGGGCCGAAUUGCAAGCGUUGAUUUAGGUCUGGGGCUUGUGCUCUCAGGUCCCAUAGCC